AUGUCAGAGUGCAAAGCGGGAUCAACGCCUAUGGAGUGCCGUUUGCGUCUGAAGAAGGAAGAGGAGGCCGAGCGGACAGACAAACCGUACCGUGAGCUAAUCGGCUGCCUCACGUACGUGACGUUGACAUCCAGGCCGGACUUGUGUGCAGCAGUCAGUUACCUAAGCCAGUUCCAAAGCUGUCCUACGAAACAACAUUGGGUCCAUGCGAAGAGAGUGCUGCGAUACAUCAAGGGAACACUGGACUUGGGAUUGGUGUUCGUUGCGGAGGACUCUGCGCCGGUGAUCGAUGCAUUUGCUGACGCGGAUUGGGCGAAUGAUCCGAUCGACAAACGUUCGCUCACAGGAUACGUGUUCCGAGUGUGCGGCUCAAGUGUCAGCUGGUUAACCCGGAAGCAAUCGACGAUUUCGCUGUCUUCGACGGAGGUGGAGUUGGUCUCACUGAGUACAGCCGUGUGUCAUGGAAUAUGGCUGUUGCGUCUGCUGAAGGAUUUGGAUAUCGAACCGGAGAGUCCGGUCGUAUACCAUGAAGAUAAUCAGUCCAUGAUCAGGGUGGUUGAAGAUGAACGCGAUACCGGUCGCCUGAAGCACGUGGACGUCAAGCAUCGAUUCAUCCGUGAAGAGAUUCAGCGGGGGUGUAUAGUUGUCCAUUACAUCCCCACCGGUGAACAAAUAGCCGACAUCAUGACCAAGGGGUUGCCGGUAAGUCGGUUCCAGAAGCAUCGGGCCAACUUGGGGCUGGUGAGUUCCGGACAUUGA